UGGUACACCGCUAUAGGUAUUGCGUGGUGCAGCAGACAAAGCCCCUGUCUCUGUUUCAUCGUCUCCAAACACUGCGUUUCGGUCGAUCUCUGAGUUCAAGGGAAAGUAACAUCUGCCAUGGCAACUCGGAUUGCUGCAAGAUAUGUGUCUCGAAGGCUCUCGAGCAGCGGCAAAGUACUUGGUGAGGAGGAGAAGGCUGCUGAAAAUAUCUACAUUAAGAAAGCUGAGCAAGAGAAAUUGGAGAAGCUUGCACGAAAGGGCCCUAAGCCAGAAGAAAAACCAGUGACCAGCUCAGGUGAGACAGUGACCGAUGCUAAUCCUAGUGGCCCAGCCUCCUCAACUGCUGGAGUAUCCACUGACAAGCAUCGGAACUAUGCAGUUUUAGCUGGUACCGCAGCUAUUCUGGGUGGUCUGGGAUGGUACCUUAAAUCAAGUUCAAAGAAGCCAGAAGUUCAGGACUGAGGAUGAUCUGCUUUUGCUUAUGAAAGUAAUUAGAUGAUGAAAAUAAAUCAAACCCCAGUAUGAAGCAAAUACUGUUUCCAUUUUGUUUCAGUUCUUUGAUAAAAGCCUCAGAGAUGACCAUCUAUCAACUGGUCCCAGAUUUUAUUGUAUGGUUUUGAGUUGGGCAAUGGUUCUUUUAAUGGCUUUUUUGCCCCUCAAUUCAUUGUUUUCAAAUUUGUUAAUCGCACGAGCCCAGCUAGUCCACUUGGGCUUUGACUCGCA